AUGGCGGAAACUUCUGCACAGGCUUCGGGAACACCAACCUUCAAGCUCGUGCUUGUCGGUGAUGGAGGAACUGGAAAGACCACCUUCGUCAAGCGCCAUUUGACUGGUGAGUUCGAAAAGAAAUAUAUCGCCACUCUCGGUGUCGAAGUCCACCCUCUUGGAUUCACCACCAACUUGGGAAACAUUCAAUUCGACGUUUGGGAUACCGCUGGACAAGAGAAGUUCGGAGGUCUCCGUGAUGGGUAUUACAUCAACGGUCAAUGUGGUAUCAUCAUGUUCGAUGUUACUUCCCGUAUCACAUACAAGAACGUCCCUAACUGGCAUCGUGACUUGGUUCGUGUUUGCGAAAACAUUCCUAUUGUCCUUACCGGCAACAAGGUCGAUGUUAAGGAACGUAAAGUAAAGGCCAAGACCAUCACCUUCCACAGAAAGAAGAAUCUCCAAUACUACGACAUUUCUGCCAAAUCGAACUACAACUUCGAGAAGCCUUUCUUGUGGUUGGCUCGCAAGCUCGUUGGUAACCCAACUUUGGAAUUUGUUGCUGCUCCAGCAUUGGCACCUCCAACUGCACAAGUCGAUGAGGAGCUCUUGAAGGUUUACCACAAAGAAAUGGAGGACGCCGCAGCUCUGCCACUUCCAGAUGAGGACGAUAAUGAUUUGUAA